AUGGGAAGACUGGCCAGGAGAGGUGUCAGCAUGGCAACACUCUGCACCCUGAGCAUCCUUCUGAGCCUCCUGGUCCCCACUCACACCAUCAGGUCACCUGACUGUGGCGGCAUCCUCACCCCAGCAGGACUGAGCUACCUUGCUGAAGUUUCAAAGCCACAUGCAGAGACAGUCCUCAGGCAGGACCUCAUGGCCCCACCAUCCCCAGACCCAUCUCUCGUCUCCUCAAGCGGGAACCAAAUUAAUGCUGUCAAAGUUGAUGAGUUUUCCCUGACAAUCAUCCCCGACACUGGGAUGCGGCUGAGCAUCGAUGUGGACCUUGACAUCACACCUUCCCCCUCAACCACCAAGGAGAUGAGACUGUCCAUCGUGGCAGACCUCCAUGUGGAGAUGAAUCCUGAAGGGAACCUGGAGCUGGGGACCUCUACCUGCAAACCCACCCUGGAGGAGGUGCAAAGCACCGACGAGAUAGACAGCAAGUCCUCAGGAUCAAGUGUGGACAAGGAGAUCAAUGUUGAUAAGAUUUGCCUGGAAGUCUCCAAAUUGCUGCUUUUUCCAAACGAAAGGCUGAUGUCUCUGGCAGCUCCAUUCCCCAUCACACCAAGCUGCCAGGUCCAGUACCUGCCCCUGGCUGCCCCCAUGUACUCCGAGCAGGGAAUCAUCAUCUCCUUGCAAACAACUUUCCAGGUGGCAGGGACAGCAAUCCCUCUGCCAGUCAGCCCUGUGCCCUUCAGCAUGCCUGAGCCAGCAAGCUCCAGCCCUUCACACCUCAUCCUAGCUUUCUCUGAGCACUUCUAUACCAGCCUCUUCUUCGCCCUGGAAACGGCUGGAGCCUUCAACAUGACCAUCCUGAGCCCACUGACCACUGCCACCUUGGCACAGAAGAUCACUCAGAUGGGCUUCCUCUUCCAGGAGGACCUUCCAGUGGUGCUGGAAGCUGUGACCCGGAGUUCACCCCACGUGGUGCUGGAGGAAGGCGAAGCAAUCCUGAAGCUCUUCCUCACUGCCCAGAUUGGAGCGAGAUCAUCUGUUUUCCAGAGGUUCCUGAGUGUGAACGUGGAUGUGUCUGCAAGGCUCCACCUCAGCGUCACUGACACGAGGAUGAUAAUCUCAGCAGCAGCAAUAGAGGAUAUUGAGCUCAGCCUGGCCACCUCCGACGUGGGUCCUGUACUGGCUGCCUUGCUGGAGGAGUUAUUCUUGCCCACGAUCCGUGAGGAGGUGCCAGCCCAUUUGAACGUGAUCCUGAGAGAAGGUGUUUUCCUGCCCCACAUUGCCAGUUUCACUUACACCAAUGUCAACAUCACAAUCCACAAGGAUUAUGUCUUGAUUCCCUGCAACCUCCAACUGGAGGCAAGAACUGGCAAGGCAACCAUCCUGGGCUGA